AUGAAGGUGGGGGAUCCCAAGUGGGAAGGCAAGGAGGAGAAGAAGCUGCUGAAGCCCCUGAUGGAGAAGCGGCGGCGGGAGCGCAUGAACCGCAGCCUGGCCCGCCUGCGGCUCCUGCUGCUGGAGGCCACGCGCGACGAGAGGCUCCGGAACCCCAAAAUGGAAAAAGCGGAGAUUCUGCAAAAGACGGUGGAAUUCCUCAAGACGCAGCCGCUUCCAGAAGGAGCCUCCAAGGAAGACGCUCUCCUGGAAAGCUACCGCAGUGGCCAUCGCCAAUGCCUUGCUCAAGCCAGCCGCUUCCUCCAGGCCAGCCCGGGCCUGUGUCCUGGCCAGAAAGCCUUUUGCGUGGACCGCAUCUGUCACCGCAUGGAGCAACUCACUCCCAGGCCCCAGCUGGAGCUCCCCUGCACCUCUCUAGCACCCUCCAACCCCAGAUACGAAGCCCGGCCGUGCUACGGCCCCAGCGUCUUUGGCGGGUGCAGCCCACCCCUGGGGGGACCGUCGUACGCCUGGCCUCCACCGCCCACCCCUGGCCUGUCCGGCUCAGGACUGCAGCCUUGCUUGCCCAGCCUCGCCCUACCGAGGGGGACGGAGGGCUGCAGCAGAGCCCCACAGAGCAGACUCUCGGAGCGAUGGGGACCCCCAGGACUUGGAGUGUGGAGACCCUGGCCCUAA